GCAUCCGUCGCCGUGUCGGAGCUGCUGGCGAGUGAUAUUGAGGGUUCUUCGGACUGAAUGCAUUCGGUAGUAUGUCCACCCACACGGCCGUGAGAGGCGUUCUUGAACAUGGCUGCAUACCAGCUUGACUGUUAAUGAGACGUGUCACUGUGACCAAAACACAGUUUUGCGUGCAAGUUGGUCGCUGGACGUUGGACCGCUGGAAAAGACAUGCUUUCAACGAAAUGGUGCAGUAAGGAACCGUGAAAUUAAUGUGCCAAACCUUGCAGUGUCGUUUCUGUGACUUUUCAGUGCUGGAUUCAGAUGCUUGGACAAUGGUUUUCGCCUACCUUAUCGGUCUGCCAGCAGUUGUGCUGCAAAGUUUACUAGGGCUCUUGGAUAUAAUGAAUCUACCACCAGCUGAUUUCUACUAUGAGAAAGGCAUUAUAGAAUUCCAAAGCGAGUAUGACUUCGUCAUCGUGGGCGGUGGUUCUUCAGGAUGCGUGGUUGCCAACAGGCUCUCUGCUAAUCCUAACGUCUCGGUGCUUCUGAUUGAAGCUGGUCGCGCAGAAGACCUCAUAGCACGAAUUCCUUUAGCGAGCCUCGUGCACACUUAUGACUUCUCGUGGUGGUCUCGGACAGUCCCACAGCAUUCAGCGUGUCUAGCAUAUGAGGAUCAUAGCUGUCCGACCAUUCGUGGGCGUGUUCUUGGUGGCGGAAGCGUCAUCAAUGCCAUGCAGUUCGUCCGGGCGAACAGACGAGACUACGAUGACUGGGCAUCCAACGGAGCCGAAGGUUGGGCCUACGAUGAUGUGCUACCUUACUUCAAGUCCAUCGAACGCUUCGAGAUCUCACAGUUUUACGAGGAAGCGUACCACAGCAAAACUGGCGAGGUGCCUGACAACUACGCGCCAUUUCGAAGCCAGCUCAGUCGAGCGUAUCUGCAAGGUUUGACUGACGUCGGCUAUAAUGUAAUCGACUACAACGGCGCAAGUCAAACAGGUCACUCGUUUACGCAGUUCAACCAAGAUCGUGGAGAACGCUUCAGCUCAAGCAGGGCAUUCAUUACCCCUGUGAUUCAAGAACGGGAUAAUCUUCGCGUAACUCUGAGGAGUGUUGCUACAAAAGUACGGUUCGACGGACAACGAGCUAUAGGAGUUGAAUAUGUCAAAGGUGGACUUCCGCGUUAUGCAAAGGCAAGGCGUGAAGUGAUCUUGUGCGCUGGAGCCAUUGGUACUCCUCAGCUUCUUAUGCUAUCAGGUAUCGGACCAACAGAUGAGCUUCAAAGGUUCGAGAUUCCUGUCCGUGCCAACCUCCCAGUAGGUCGAAACCUUCAAGAUCAUCACAUUACUGGUGGCGUGGCAGCAACGAUGGAAGAAAACGCAGGAAUAGAUGCGAGAAAUUUAUCCAUGGCGUCGGACUACUUUAUUAGCAGAUCUGGUCCGCUAACCGUUAACGCUGGUGUGGAAAUCCAAGCCUUCUUCAAAAGUGCCUUGGCCACGCCAGAAAAUGAUCGUCCAGACACCCAGGCAUUCCUGGUGUCACUUUCUCCUGCAACGGCAGAGGCUGAACUGGGAUCGAGAGCGUUGGGCAUCAGGCAAGACGUGUACGACGCGUACUUCAGACCAAACAGAGACAAGUUUUGCUUCAUGAUCGUUCCCAUAGUCCUGAGGCCAGCAUCCAGAGGUAGCGUUACUCUGAGAAGCGCAAAUUAUGAGGAUUCACCUGUCGUAGACCCAAGAUACUUUUCCCAUCCUGACGACAUACGUGCUGCUGUUGAAGGUGCCAAAGAAGCAAUGAAGGUUCUCUACACGCCACCUAUGCGGGCACUUGGGGUGAAGCCUUGGAACCUCACCAUGCCCGGUUGCGAAGGACAUGAAUUGUGGAGCGAUCCGUACAUCGCGUGCCUUUCGAUGCAUUUAACGGAGACUGCCUGGCAUUUUGUAGGCACAUGUGCUAUGGGGAAUGGAACCGAUGCAGUUGUCGACGCCAGGCUUAGUGUGAUUGCUGGCAUCAAGGGUCUUCGAGUGGUGGACUGCUCAAUCAUGCCUAAUAUAGUCUCGGGAAACACCAAUGUGCCCGCCAUGAUGAUUGGAGCCAAGGGAGCCGCUAUGAUAUUGCAAGACCACGGACUCUACGACCCAAACUCUAUGUAAUCUUAGCAGUAACUCAAAAUAAAGUGAAGAAUGUCGCA